AUGCAGCAGAAGUCAUCUUCGUCGAGUGCUAUUACUGUUGGUUUAGUGGCAGCGGUAGGGGGUUUUUUGUACGGAUACGAUACUGGACUCAUUAACGACAUCAUGGAGAUGACGUACGUGAAAGAGAACUUCCCAGCGAAUGGGCAUAACUUUAAUGUGCAUGAAAGGGCGUUGAUAACGGCCAUUUUGUCACUCGGGACAUUUUUUGGGGCCUUGGUGGCGCCAUUAAUAUCAGAUACAUGGGGCAGAAAAUUUUCGAUUAUUGUAUCAUCCGCCAUCAUAUUUAAUGUAGGAAACAUCUUGCAGGUGUCAUCCACAGAAGUAGUGCUUUUGUGUAUUGGAAGAGCUGUUUCGGGGUUGUCGGUGGGUAUACUAUCGGCAAUUGUACCGUUGUAUCAAGCUGAAGCAUCACCUAAAUGGGUGAGAGGGUCCGUUGUGUAUACUUACCAAUGGGCAAUAACGUGGGGGUUGUUGAUCGCCAGUGCUAUAUGCCAGGGAGCGAAAAAUAUGUUGAAUUCGGGCUCUUAUAGAAUACCGGUUGGAAUACAAUUUUUGUGGGCACUUAUUUUAUCUAUAGGGAUGCUUUUUUUACCCGAAUCCCCACGGUUCCAUGUUCAAAAAGAUAAUAUUCAAGAGGCAUUGAAAUGCUUAGCUAGACUAAGAAAGGUGCCGACAGAUGACCCUGAAUUGAUAGAAGAACUUGUUGAAAUCAAGGCUAAUUAUGACUACGAAUUAUCAUUUGGAAAGGCGACAUAUAUAGAUUGCUUCAGGAGUGGUGGAGGAAGAAAUAAACAACUUACUAGAAUGUUUACUGGUAUCGGAGUCCAGGCAUUUCAACAAAGCUCGGGUAUCAAUUUCAUUUUCUAUUACGGGGUUAAUUUCUUUGCGAGCUCAGGAGUGAACAAUUAUUACUUGAUGUCAUUUAUUACUUAUGCGGUUAACACACUUUUUACGAUACCAGGGAUAAUUUUGAUUGAAGUCAUAGGAAGAAGAAAGUUAUUAUUAUUUGGCGGCAUUGGAAUGGCUGUUUCAAACUUCAUAAUAGCAAUUGUUGGUGUUAGUAUGUCAGACGAGGCAAUUAGUUCAUUAAUAUGUGUGUCAUUUUCAUGUGUUUUCAUUGCAUUUUUUGCAUCUUCAUGGGGUGGGGCCGUAUGGGCGCUUACGUCGGAUAUAUAUGGUAUUGGUAUAAGACAAAAAGCUAUAUCACUUACAGCUGCUACAAAUUGGUUAGUCAAUUUUACAUUUGCAUUUAUAACGCCUUAUUUGAUUGAUACUGGCAAGCAUACUGCAGCCUUAGGGAAUAAGAUUUUUUUUAUUUGGGGUGGUUGCAAUGCUCUUGGGGUUGUAUUUGUCUACUUCAUGGUUUACGAGACCAAGGGAUUAAAGUUGGAAGAGAUUGAUUUUAUGUACAAAAACUGUGUGAAUGCUAGAGCAUCAACUAAAUUUAAAUCUCAAAAGAUUGUGUAUGCAAAUCAAAUUGCAACACCAAUUUCGGAGCUCCUCAACACUAACACAUCGCAUAUUGCAAUUGAGAAAUCAAGUGGUAGUAAUAAUCAUGAUGACGACGAUGACGAUGAGAAUAGCGAAAUAAAUAACAAUAACUUUGGAUUGGAGACUGGUAAUAUCUUGCACAAUAAUCUAGAUAACAGGAAUAUAACUAUUAUACCGUAUAAGAAUAUCAUUUCCCCGCUGCGGUCGUUUAGUUCAGAUUCUUCUAGUGAUUCCGAUUCAUCUUCACCACUUAAUGACUACGAGAAAUACUUACACAGCUUGCAAAAAGAGAGCAGCCAUCAUGCCGAUACGUCGCAAACGUCAACGUCUUUACUUACUGACAAUAAAUUCAGUCAUCUUAAUUCCAUGAAUAAUGUCCACUCGAGGGGUAAUUUUACGGAGGAGGACUUGAAGUAUCUCAAUGAUGAAUAUAAUCUAACGAUAUCUCUGAAAUACCCAGGAGCAAGCACCGGACCUUUAGGAGUUCAGCCAAGUACAAAUAUGACUGUUAUAGCGGCGCCAUUUUUUAAUGCCCCACCAAGCGACUCAGAUACAGACGAUGGCGACGAAGACGAUAGCGAAACAGAACCAGAUACCGCCAAUGGCUCACCGGAUGAUACCAAGGACUCUAGUUCAUAG